AUGUCGAAUAACUAUAAUGUUAUUUUAAAGGAGAGAAAAUUGCCUUUGUCUCUCUUGAAUGAUCACCAGAACCAAGCGAGAGUUCAUCUACUCGACAGAGAGCCCUUUCAGGAUGCUUUUGGACCAAAGACUAAGAGGAAGCGCCCAAGACUCUUAGCUUUUGAUUAUGAUUCUUUACUAAAAAAAGCUGACGGUUCUCAGGAUGCAUUUGAGGAGAAGCAUGCUGAUGAUGUCAAUGUUGAAGGAGGUGAAGGGGAUGGAUUCAGAGACCUGGUUCGACAUAAUAUGUUUGAGAAGGGUCAAAGUAAACGUAUUUGGGGUGAACUUUACAAAGUAAUAGAUUCUUCAGAUGUUGUUGUUCAGGUUUUGGAUGCAAGGGACCCACAAGGUACAAGGUGUCACCACUUAGAAAGGCAUUUGAAAGGGCAUUGCAAACACAAAAACAUGAUUCUUUUGUUAAACAAGUGUGAUUUGAUUCCUUCAUGGGCAACAAAAGGAUGGAUGAGGGUACUAUCCAAGGAAUAUCCAACUCUUUCUUUCCAUGCUAGCGUUAACAAGUCAUUUGGCAAGGGUUCUCUUCUAUCAGUUUUGAGACAGUUUGCUCGCUUGAAGAGUGACAAGCAAGCAAUUUCUGUCGAAUUUGUUGGAUAUCCCAAUGUUGGGAAGUCAUCAGUUAUUAACACAUUGUGAAUGAAAACUAUUUGCAAGGUUGCUCCUAUCCCUAGGGAAACUAAAGUAUGGCAAUAUAUCACACUUACAAAGAGGAUUUUCUUAAUCAACUGUCCUGGAGUUGUUUAUCAAAACAACCAUGACACUGAAACAGAUAUUGUGUUGAAGGGAGUUGUCCGUGUCACAAACUUGGAAGAUGCUUCAGAACACAUAGGAGAAGUUUUGACUCGAGUUAAGAAAGAGCACCUGAAAAGAGCAUACAAGAUAAAAGACUGGGAAGAUGACAACGAUUUUCUAGUUCAAUUAUGCAAACUGUCGGGCAAGCUCUUGAGGGAUGGUGAACCUGAUUUGAAGACAGCAGCAAAGAUGGUACUUCAUGACUGGCAGAGGGGUAAAAUACCAUUUUUUGUGCCACCACCAAGGCAAGAAGAAGACGAGUCAUCAAUUGAACCCAAUGUUAAAGGCAUAGGCACAGAUGCAACAGAGGAUAGCAACAAGGCAUCUGCGGCAUUUAAAGUAAUUGCGAGUGUUAUUACGUCCCAGCAGCAAAUGACUGUCCCUGUUCAAAGGGAUCUUUUUAGUGAGACCGAAUUGAGGGGUGAAGCAGCUGAGCAGCUUCCAACUAGCAAGAGGGAGACCGCCCAGCAACUUCCAGCUGCUAAGAGUAUGUUAGAUAACCAACUUCCAGUAACUGAGUCUUAGAGAUUUUUCUAUUAAAGAACUUUGUGUCAUUUGUAGUCCAGCAAUGUAGGCUUUUUUAUUCUUUUAAAAUUAUAUCCAACUAUAUUAUUAUGUGGGCAAGAAUUUUGUUUUAUACUCCUGGCAGAGUUGGGAGAAUAUGUGAAGUUCUAAAAAGUAAUAUGUUGCUUUUUAUACGAAGACAGCCUGCUAAA